AUGGAGGCGCCGGGGGUGACGACGCGGGCGGCGGCCAGGAAGCGGGCGCUGCCGCGGCCGGCGCUGGCGACCCCGGGGGCGCGGAAGGCGCGGCGGAGAAUCGAGGACAAGGAAGAGGCGGCGGUUUUCCGAGAGGUGGUCAGUUUUACCCCAGACCCUUUGCCAGUUAGAUAUUAUGACAAGGACACCGGCAGGCCCGUGAGCUUUUACCUGUCUUCGCUGGAGGAGCUCCUGGCAUGGACGCCCACCACCGCGGACAGCUUCAAUGUGGCCUCGAGGCCUCUCGAGAGCCGCCAGCCCCCUCUGAGCAGCCAGAGGCCCCGGACCUUACUGUGCCAUGACAUGAUGGGCGGAUACCUGGAUGACAGGUUCAUUCAGGGCUCCCCGGCGGCCAAGCCCUACUCCUUCUACCACUGGCAGUACAUUGACAUCUUCGUGUACUUCAGCCACCACAUGGUCACCAUCCCACCCGUGGGUUGGACCAACACUGCCCACUGUCAUGGGGUCUGCGUGCUGGGGACGUUCAUCACCGAGUGGAAGGAGGGCGGGCAGCUCUGUGAGGCCUUCCUGGCCGGGGACGAGCGCUCCUUCCGUGCCGUGGCGGAUCAGCUGGUCCGGAUCGCCCAGUUUUUCCGUUUUGACGGCUGGCUGAUCAACAUCGAGAACUCUCUGAGUCUGGCCGCAGUGGGGAACAUGCCCCACUUCCUCCAGUACCUGACCACUCAGCUGCACCAGCAUGUCCCGGGUGGGCUGGUGCUCUGGUACGACAGCGUGGUGGCCAACGGGCAGCUCAAGUGGCAGGACGAGCUGAACGAGCACAACAGGGUCUUCUUUGAGUCCUGCGACGGCUUCUUCACCAACUACAACUGGCGGGAGGAGCACCUGGCGAGGAUGCUGGAGCAGGCAGGCCAGCGCCGGGCUGAUGUGUACGUGGGCGUGGACGUGUUCGCCCGGGGGAACGUGGUCGGGGGCCGAUUCGACACCGACAAGUCGCUGGAGCUGAUCCGCAAGCACGGCUUCUCGGCAGCCCUGUUCGCGCCUGGCUGGGUGUACGAGUGCCUGGAGAAGAAGGAUUUCUUCCAGAACCAGGACAAGUGAGCCCUGCCGCCCCAGGGCUGGUGGC